AUGGAUGUGCCUCUGGAUCCAGAUACAGCUAAUCUAUAUCUCAUCCUGUCUGAUGAUGGGGGAAAAGCGAGACAUGAGGACAUUAAACAAAAGCUCCCAGAUUACCCUGAGAGGUUUGAUAACUGCAUCUGUGUCUCUUUAGGGAGGUUUUAUUUUGAGGUGCAGGUGAUGGGAAAGACUAUAGAUUUAGGAGUGGCUGGAGAAUCUGUUAACAGAAAGGGAAAGAUCACAGUGACUCCUCAGAAUGGAUACUGGACUGUGGGUCUGUGGAAUGGGAAUGAAUAUUGGACCUGUGCCGCUCCAUCUGUCCGCCUGUCUCUGAGAGUGAAACCGCAGAAGGUGGGGGUGUUUGUGGACUAUGAGGAGGGUCUGGUCUCCUUCUAUGAUGUAGAGUCCAGAUCUCAUGUCUACUCAUUCGCUGGUCAGUCUUUCACUGAGAAACUGAGUCGUAAUGAUAAAGGAAAAAAUUCAGCCCCACUGAUCAUCUCACCUGCUAAUUACAAUAAAUGAUUUUACACCCAAGAUAUGAAAUGAAAAUAUAGCUUUUUUAAACUAAGAACCUAAAAAUGGUACUUUUUACUGUUUUUACUGUUUUCCCUUAUAUUAUUUUAUGGUUAUCUGAAGCCAUUUUGAUUGAUCACUCACACUGGUUCACACUGUGGCAAUGUUAGCCCCUGCUGGUAGUUCCUGUAAUUACACAAUUUUUGUUUUUUAAAUCAGCCAUUAUUGCAGUUGAAGUUAUAUUUUAGAUGCUUAGUUUUGAUUAUAUGAAAUUCUGUCAUAUAGAGACUAUGAAUGAAAUAUUAAAAUUUGGAUUUGAUAUAUGAAUAAUUUAUCCAUACAACAAAUUUUUCCAUGAUUUACAGGUAAACGAGUUCAGCUUCAGGACUGAUAUAUGUGUGUCUUAACACUUUUUGAAAAUCAUACAGAAAAGAAUAAAACAUGAAGUAAAU